UUGUUGCGGUUAUUCACGUGUUCCGCACCUCUCUCACUACGUACCAAGUAAGUGUAUCUAGGAGAUUUACCAACCCAUGAUUCGUCUAUAUCAAAUUAUCCACCCACAACAAUUUAGGUUAUUUGUAGGCGAGUCGAUGUCAAAUCGCAAAUCUACCACGUCUAACCCUAGCAUUCACCAUAUGGAUAAAUUAUUUUCUUAUUUUAAUAUAAAUUCACAAUGGAUCUGAGAGGUGGAUUUGAGCUCAAAUCCAUUACCACCACGGAUUUAAUAGAAACAAAUUUUUGAUUCGUUUUUUUUAACAAAUCUAUGGGACACAUUGACUUUAAGGGUUCAAAUUUGUGGGCCUUAUGGACUUAUAAAUUCUAGGUAUUGAUGUGGGUUUCAGAACAUGCAUAAAUCCAUGAUGGGAUUUUUCACAUAUACCCUCAUGAACUUUUGAUUUUUUGUAAGGAAAAAAUUAUCCAAUUAAUGUGCAAACAUAAGUAUUUUAUACGCUCCUCUAGUUUCCUUUGACAUUUUAUGGAAUGUGGAAUUCUUUAUUCUCCCACUUCUAAUAAAUGUUACUUUUGAAACGGAGGACAAUGAAUUAGUAAAGAGACAUAGUUUCUCUAUUUAUUAGUUGUCCUUCAUCUCAAGCCACUCAUGCCCUCAAUCAUCUCAGCAACCCAAACGGUAGCAAUUCAAGGAAGGCAGAUCCUAGAUGCAGCGAUGGUGGCAAACGAACUUAUUGACGCCAUACGUAAACAUGGUUUUCCGUGGAUCAUCUUGAAGCUAGACCUCGAGAAAGCUUUCGACAACAUCAACUGGGAAUUUCUUGAAUUUCUUCUACGGCGCAUGGGGCUCUGGUGUGACCCAGAUCAAUUGGAUUCGAAAAUAUAUCUCUACUCUUCAUUUCUCUGUGCUCGUCAAUGGUGAAGCUCAAGGGUACUUCCAAAGUCAAAAGAGGUUACGUCAAGGUGACCCAUUAUCCCCUUUUUUAUUCCUUAUGGUCAUGAAAGGCUUCUCACUUAUUCUAGACAGCCUGCGAAACAUAGGGAAGAUCAACGGGUUCCAUAUGAAUUACCAAGUUCUGGGCGGAGAUGUGACCCAUCGGAUGACACUCCUCUCUUUUCCAAAUUUCAAACUCUUAAAAAUUCAUAAUCAAAACAUCUCAACUAACAAAAAAAGUGUUUCGAAUUCAUAAUACCUCAAACCACCAGUCAAUCGUUGCUGUGGGCUGUAAACACCCUAAUAAUACACCUAAAUAUCAUUUUCCUAGGAGCCUCAACAAAUUUUGCUUGUUUCGGUAUCGAAAGAUCCGAGACUAAUUUUAAAAAGAAAAUGUAUGCUUUCGUUGAAUGUAUAUAUUAAUGAUACUAGAGAUACUCUUUGUUGAAUGAUUAGCAUAAUAUCUUUCUGGAUUGGAGAAGUUUGUGCACAUUUUUUGACCAUGCACAGUUGGAAGCUACAGCCUACAGCCUGUAAAUGCAACGGCACAGCAUUGCAUUUAUUUUUAGUACACCCGAGUGGGGUUCUCAAAUCUCAACUAAUUAUUAUUUAUUGAAUUGAGACAACACCACUUCGAUUUGACCCGGAAACCAUGUGAUAAACACCCAAAUCUAUCCCCACAAAAUACAGAACCCCCUCACCAAAUUUAAACACCUUAAUAAUUAGAGUCUAAAACUGUUUAAAAUGAGCCUAAUCCUAACAUGCAGCUCACGGCUGGGCUGCCUCUAGUGGGGUAGGAAUGAUAAUUUCGAUCUGACCCAUUUGAUCUUAUUUGUCUGAUUAGCUUUGGGAGGGUUUGAAGUGGUUAUGACUUCUGAUUUCUGAGUACUUUUUUCAACCUGACCAGUCAUUAUCUGCUCCCAUUCUAGACUCGUUUUUGCACAAAUUAUAUGUAAUUUUGCUGAAAUUACAUAUAUUUUUACUUUCAUUACCUCAUUUAUAGUUAUAAUCUAAAGUCAUAAAUAGACGAGAGUCUCAAUUUCUCAAAUAAUCCGUCUACAUUUAUCAUAUUGCAGUUUGUUUCUUGAUUUUUAUAAUAAGAAAAUGCAACUAUUUUUUAAUAUUUCUUCUUUAAAUCACGUAUUCAUAUCCGUCGAUCUGCCCAACACACACCUUCAUAAUAAAAUUACUCGACCUGUAUACAACUUGCCACGAGACAAUAAUGAGAUAUCGAGAUAUCCGCCCGCGACCUGUGGGGGUGUCCACGAUUCGUGGGCUCGAUGAACCAUCUUUCUCGCUCUAGGAUCACCAUCUUUCUCUCUCUAUGUAACCUAGAUUAUUAUGCCACUCUUGUUCUCUCUCUCUCUCUCUCUCGUGCAUGGCUGUCACACCGGUCGGCGUGCCACCGGUUGUACCGGGUUCAACCGGUACCGGUCAUAAAACCGGUACCGGUAUGACUGGCAUGAUCGAUAUACGAACCUCUAAGUAAAAUGAUCUUAUUUUAGAGAAUUUAAUUAAUAAAAAUUAUUUUAUUAUUUAUUUUAUGAGUAUAAAAGUUAAAUAUUGAU